AUGAGUGCCGUUGGGUCGUUGCACGAGGAGCGAUUGAGUGUGAGCAGCGCUACUUCGUCCAAGGGCACCAAACCUCGGUUUUGCGUGAUCAAACCUCCCGCUGGUAUUGGCGUGUGUCAACUUUAUCUGUACAAGUCCGACGAUCUUGGUAGUGGCAACCUGGUGUCAACCGUGUCACUUGACCACAGUCCGACGAAAUCCACCACUACGCUGUUUGCCGUGCCUUCACAAGCUACACGAGGGUCGGAUGGUAGCGGCGGCUUCAGCUCGCGAGAGGCCACAGCCAUCGCAUCGUCAAUUGCAGCUCCAGAAGGAUCUCAUCACCGUCCUUCUGCAUCGAUAACGACCAUGACACAGGGCGGUUUGGUGGAUUCUAGCGCAUUCGACAAAUGCCUCAAGACGUUCUUGUCUGCUUCUGUGCAAACAGAAGAAGAAAGUGGUGAGAGCACUAGCCCAGUGCAAAGACACUUCGACCAACUCCUUCGGUCGAAAUGGCAUCAAGAAGCAGCCGUGCCCAGACAGAAUGCUGACGACAACAGCGAUGGAGCCACAUCGUCGUGGGUGAACGAGCAUCAAGUGGACGACAUCCCAAACCGACAUACAAGUGUACGCAACAACACGUCGUCGUUUCACUGGAAACCGACGGAUACUUCACCGGCCGCUUCGACCACCAACUGGGCGAUGGCCGAGUGCUGGAGCAAGAAGGGUUUGGGCAAUACCACCAGCAAACGCAACGCCUUGGAUUUGUACUACGACGUCCGCGCACUCGUAGCCGACCUCGAAGCGUACGUGGCCAAUGCCAAGUUUUCGACAAGGAACAUGUGCGAUCUAACUCCAAACCAAACCAACAUGCACAGUUAA